UGUGGAAACGGCAAUGGCGGCAGAUUGCACGAAAGCAGCUGGGGGCGUUCGAACGUCCCACUCAGCGCGCGACGGCCUCGACAAAAGCAUCACACUGCCGCCCGACGAGAUCUUCCGCAACCUGGAGAACGCCAAGAGCUUCGCCAUUGACAUAGGUGGCUCAUUGACAAAGCUGGCCUACUACUCAACUGUUCAGCACAAAGUAGCCAAAGUGCGUUCCUUUGAUCAUUAUGGCAAAGGCCCAGAUGAUGAGCCAUUGUAUGAGAUCUCAGUUCAGGAAGAGAUCACUGCCAGACUUCAUUUUGUUAAAUUUGAAAAUGCUUAUAUAGAAACAUGUUUGGACUUCAUCAAAGCCCAUCUGGUCAAGACAGAGACCAAAGUAAUUAAAGCUACGGGAGGUGGUGCUCACAAAUUCAAGAACCUGAUUGAGAAGAAACUAGGAUUGAAAGUGGAUAAGGAAGAUGAAAUGACUUGUUUAAUCAAGGGUUGUAACUUUGUGCUGCGAAAUAUUCCACAUGAGGCCUUUGUGUAUGUGAAACAUGCAGACCCUGAAUUCCGAUUUCAGACAACGCACCCAGAUAUCUUUCCCUACCUACUAGUGAACAUUGGGUCAGGAGUAUCUAUUGUCCGAGUGGUAUCUGAAGACCAAUUUGAGCGAAUAGGAGGAAGUUCAAUAGGAGGUGGUACAUUUUGGGGACUUGGAGCUUUGCUGACAAAAACAAAGCGCUUCGAUGAAUUAUUGCAGCUUGCCUCAAGAGGGCAGCAUACAAAUGUUGACAUGUUAGUUCGUGACAUUUAUGGAGGAGCGUAUGAAUGCUUUGGGUUGACUAGCGAUCUUAUAGCUAGUAGCUUUGGAAAAUCUGCAACUACUGAUAAAGAAUUUACUAAAGAGGACAUGGCCAAAAGUUUACUUCAUAUGAUCAGCAAUGACAUAGGCCAACUGGCUUGCCUAUAUGCCAAACUUCAUAACCUUAGCAGAGUUUACUUUGGUGGUUUCUUUAUCCGAGGACACCCUGUAACCAUGCACACAAUUACUUACAGUAUCAACUACUUCACAAAGGGUGAAGUCCAGGCACUCUUCUUGAGACAUGAAGGAUAUCUUGGUGCCAUUGGAGCCUUCCUAAAGGGAGCAGAGGAGGACAAUCCUAAUCAAUAUAGUUGGGGGGAGAACUAUGCUGGCAGUUCGGGUUUAAUGAGCAGCACACCUGAUGUACAUCCAAUGCAGCGAACACGAAGUGGAACGUUUGACAUGUUGGAGAUGGACCGACUGGAGCGGCAGCUGGUGAAUCUUCCCCUCCUGCUCGAUGCAUCAUCGUACGUUCCAGAUACAGUUGACCUCACUGAAGAUGCCAUGGCAAGGGAGUAUUGGUUGAGCUGCUUUGAAGAUGCUUUAGAUGGUGUAGUAAAGCGGGCGAUCGCUAGCCAACCACAGUCCCUGGAUGCCCCAGAACGAGCAGAGAAGUUUCGCCAGAAAUAUAGGCACAAACUUCAGACAUUGAGGCACCAACCAUUUGCAUAUGGAUCCCUAACAGUCAGAAGCUUGCUGGACACGCGGGAACACUGUCUGAAUGAAUUCAACUUUCCAGAUCCUUACUCAAAAGUGAAGCAAAGAGAAAAUGACAUUGCAUUGAAACACUUUCAGAAGGUGGUGCAGAACUUGGACUCGUUGAGUAUGGAGGAGCGACAGUUUGCAUUAGUGAAAGGUCUCUUGGCAGGAAAUGUAUUUGACUGGGGAGCCAAAGCCGUUUCAGAUGUUCUUGAAACAAAUUCAGCAUUUGGCUUUGAAGAAGCAAAGGAACGACUGCAAGCACGCCCAUGGCUUGUGGAUGCAUAUAAUGACUGGAUAGAACGACUUAAGGGUCCUCCUCACAAAUGUGCCUUAUUUUUCGUAGAUAAUAGUGGAAUAGACAUAAUUCUCGGAGUUUUCCCAUUUGUCAGGGAGCUGCUGUCCAAAGGAACAGAGGUUAUUUUAGCCAGCAACUCGGGACCAGCAUUAAAUGAUGUAACUUGCAGUGAACUGACAAUAGUUACAGAGAGAAUUGCAGCAAUGGAUUCGAUCAUCAGGACGGCUUUAGAAAAAGAUAAAUUAGUACUUGUUCAGAGUGGAUCCAGUUCACCAUGCCUAGAUCUGAGUCGGCUUGACAAAGGAUUGGCAACAGUGGUCUGGGAGAGGAAGACCGAUCUAGUGAUUAUUGAAGGCAUGGGUCGAGCUAUUCAUACAAAUUAUUAUGCAGCAUUGCGUUGUGAAAGCCUCAAACUUGCUGUCAUCAAGAAUGCCUGGUUGGCAGAACGCCUUGGCGGAAGUAUCUUCAGUGUAGUUUUUAAAUAUGAAAUGGCACCGAAGUGAAAUUGUGAACUACUUUGCUGAGGAAGGACUUGGCAUUGCACUGACACUGAAAGGGCUCUGUGGAAUGUAAUUGUAUUAUUUUCUGUGAUUAUAUAUUUGCAGAUUGGAAGAAAAGUUAAUAUGGAUCAAAAAAGCUUUUGUGUCAGAAGCAAUAAUAUAUAUUAUAUAUGUACAGCUACCAUAUACUUAAAACAUUUAUUGUAUAGACACAGUAUUUGUGGAAAUGAAUAUUGUUUUGCUUUUGCUCACUCAAGACAAUCAGGUUAAAUGUAAUCCCUUUCUCAAGCUGUUCCCUUGAAGAAAUAGGCUUCAUGGAUGACGUAAAAUGCAGAUGGCAAUGUUGGGUCUCUUAAAACAAAAUGGUUCAUGGCUCAAAUUGACAUACUGUGCCCAUUUUGAAUUGUGAUUAGCUCUCAGUAGUACAGUUAUAAAUGUUUUUUUAAAUCCUGUAUUAUAUCAGAAAAAAACAAUUUAAGUUGUAUAAAACUGAAGAUACACUAGUGGUUUAUGCAAGUUGUUUGUGUUUUAAUGUUAAGUGAUAAUGGAUGCAGUCUGUAAGUGAAUCUGGUAAUGGUGGAGUAAUUUACAUCAUCCAAAUUAUAAAUUCAAUACUUGAAUCAGAAUAACAUUAUCCAUUGAUUCUUGGUGAUAUCAUUGGAAUUUUGGUUUGAAAAUCUUUUCUGGAAAGGAACUGGUUUACUCUAAGUCAGUGAUAGUCAUAAAGACCAGAAAUGGGCUCUUCAUCUUUACAAACAGUCUCUUCAAAAUACCCAACUAUACUAACCCAUUUUAUCAGUACCUAGUCCAUUGCUUUUUUCUUUCUUUGCUAUUCAGUUGCUCAUCUAGAUAUUGCUAAAAUGUUGAGAGAAUUUCUGCCUCCACUACCCUCUCAGACACUGUAUUCUAUUUUUCCAUCGUUGUAAAAAAUUGUUGUAUCCCCACUGAAUCUCGUGGUCCUUACCAUAAAGCUAUGCCCACUAAUUAUACAUGCAAAGCUCUGGAGAACUCAGCAUCUAUGGAGGGGAAUAGGAUGUCAAAACUUUGGGUCAUAACCCUCAGUCCAGAUGUAGGGUCUCGACCCAAAACAUUGAGUGCUCAUUUAUAGAUUUUGAUCUUGUGUUUCUGGGCUUUAAUUGAACUUCUCAUUCUGGCACAAAACAUCUACACUGAGUGGUUAACACCUACACAAUACAAGUACCGUGAGUACUGCAGGCAAAAUCUGCAAUCUGAGACAGCUGACUUAAAUUUGCAAACAAUACUUCAAAGUUUUAUACUAUAAUUUGUCUGAUCCUGCACAGUGCAUCAGCUAGUCUUGAUGUCUUAUUUUCAGGAAUGAUCGUCGACUUGGCAGAAUCAGUGUGGUGUGAAUUAUUUGCAGCUUACUGAGUGGGUGAUACUGUGUUAGCAAAAGUUUGUCAGGCUUGCAAGUAUUGAAUUAAAUUUUGUCAUUCAUUGUAAUUCUUUCUAAGUAAUGCUUGGUGCAAGAAUUAUGCUUGCUUGUAUGGGCCUAAUAAUAGGAUGAAUAUACAGUACUGAGGCAGUUCAAUUUAGAUUCAGUAGAGUGUUUGUAUGGUAUUUCAUUGAACUGUAAAGCUUCAAAGGAGUCCUAAAUCUCUGUGAAGAAGUUAUGGACAGGUGAAUUGUAGGCCAUUUCUGUCACUUGAUUAUAAUGGGGUAAGUGGAAUUUAAAAUAGCCUAGAAUUAAAUGAGAGUCCCUUUGCGCAUAGUGUUUAGACCCAUGCAUGUAUGUAUCAUCAGGAAAUAGUGGGAUAGUGGAGAAAUAAAAUGUCAAAGGGUGUAGCUUAGAAACUUCUCUGUGAACUGCUGUGCACGAAAUUAACUUGUUCUCUCACUUCUACCCUAUUGAAGACUUGAGAUCAAAGGGCCUGAGUGUUUGCUGAUGCAAUUAAAUUCUUAAGAGCGAGUAUUUUUGUGGCUUGCACUGUGACCCUAAUUGACUAUAUAUGGUUGCUUGACUUUAUCUCCUAAAUAGCCUUUUUAAAAGUUUUGAUGUUAAAGAACUGAGGGAAGAUAAAUAUUGUGCAAAAUUUCACCAUAAGUUGCAUGAUUCACAUUUCAGUCAUCAUAUCUAGAGUGCUAGAAGAGGAGGCCCAACAUGGCAAUUCCAGCUAAAUGAAACUUGGUCAGUUAGUGCUUCUCCACUAGGCUUUACCCACCUCACAUUUUUAUCCUGUUCAAGUAUAUACGUACCCAACUUGUUUUUUGAAAGUUACUGAAUUUGCUUCCGCUCUCUUUUUGAGCAGUAGGUAGAUCAUGCCAGCUAUAAAAGGCUUUACACGAGGUAUUGCAUGGAAACAUAUCGCUCAAUUCAAGUGCUGUAUGCCAGUGUUCACUGUCACUUUGGGUUUUGAAUAGUGAAUGAAAGAGGAACGGUGAUUCAGUAACAAUUUUUAUCCUGUGUUUGAAAGGUAAUAUUUGUAUAAAAAUCAGAUUUGCAGUCACAAUUGCACAGUGACAGUACUUCAUCAAGCAAAGAUUCCUCAUAAAUGCACUUAGAUGGUGUGUCACAGUUGUGUGACUGUACAUCAUAGAAAGCUUAGUCUUGUCCUUGCCUGCUGUACAUACAGACCUUUAACAAGAGUUGCUGAUCAGCAAUUGUGAAAUGAUAAUUUGGCUAAGAUCAUUCAGCAUGGAUUAAUGCUCUGAUCUUAUUACACAAGAUGGGGGAAAAUCUUGAGGUUGUAUUUAAAAAUGGAUUGUUUUCUUAGGAAUUAGGACUAGCAUUCUGAUUUACUAUUAUGAUCCCUUGAAUUUAUUUUGACUGCUUGUAGUGACUCCUGAAAUCCAGCCUGAAUGGAGAUGCUUUGAUGUUUUUAAGUUUCCAUAUGAUCUUGAGGGAGAUCUUUUAGUCCAACAAAUCAAUGCUGAUUCUCAGUGAAAUCCCAUCAUUACCAUUUCCCUCCUUCUAUCCCUGUAACUAAUUCUCACUCACAUCCCCGUCAAUACCAUCAUAACCACAUACCUGUCUACCUAUCAACAUUAGGGCCAACUUAAUGGCUAAUCUACUGACCUAGGAUGUGGAAGGUAACUGGAUCAUGGAAGGAAAGGCUAUGUGGUGUCAGGUGGAACGUGCAAAUUCCACAAAGACCGCCCUGGAAGUGAGGAUUGAUACUGCGUUUGUGGACUGAGACUGCAUCUCCGUUUAAGGACAACUACACCUAGCGAUCACACUAGUUUUUUUUAUGCACUUAAUAUGUGACUUCUAAAGCCUUGCACAGUAGAAAUAGCUUUGCUGUACUUAAGAGUCUAGUAUAAUCUUGCAGAGUUCAUAAUUAAAGCCCCAAAUCAAAUGCACCACCUACUCAUUUGCUGACACAUUGCUGCCUAUAUUCACUCACUUUUUUUUAAGCCCUUCUAAUUAUUGCUUUGAUCUUGACUGAUGCAACCAGAUGUCUUCAGAAAGUGAGAUGCACUGCCCCUGGUAGGUUAUGAUACAGUUAACAGUAUGAAGAAGGUGCAUGAACGUCACUCCUUCAAAUUACACUGUUGACAGCCUGGGGUCCAGAUGGCAAAAGGUAAUUUUUAAAUAAACAUUAAAAGAAAACUUUCACACCAAAACCAAGAGAGUUGGAUAAUGGGAGCAGGAAUUGUUCGAGAAUUUGCCAGAUUCUCUGGCUUGGCAAAGGGUGAAGCUUUCUGAUUAGAUAAUUGGCUGAAUUUAGGUGUUUCAUUCAAUGAAACACCUAAAUUAAAAAAAAAAUCUUUUUUGGCUUUUGCAAAAAUUGCAGAUAUGUUCCUUAUUUUCUGAGGAUUUGCUGAAGUACUUUAGAAGAAUCAUAAUGAACAGCUGCCAAUAUGCAUAUGGUAUACUCUGACAAAUGUUAAUUGAAUAAAUGACUGGCUAAUUGGUUGCUGAGGAAGGAAUAUUGAGUAGUUUACUCUUGGAAUAACACCAUGGUGAUAUCUAUAUCCAAUUGAGAGUGUAGUUGGGGCUUUGAUUUAAACUCUUAAAGAUGUUUCUUUGAAUAUGCAACAUUAUAUGGAAGCAUUGCAGGUUGCAUGUUUAAGUGGAUAGUGGAGAUUAAACCGAUGACUUUCUGAUGUGAAAAUGAGAGGAACUGGGCCACCUCCCCAGUUAACCAAAGAAAUAGAAGAAGAAAUUGCCUUUCAACUCAUGAGGGAGCAUAGACCAUCAACUUUUUUUUUUGCGGUUUAUGUUUCUGUAGCAGGCAAUUUCUUUUUUAUGAGGUUGAGUUGCUAGCUCGAUGUUCAACCCAGUACGGAUGGAAAGUGUGCACAGGAGCCGGCUGGAUUCAAACUCCGUACGUUCUGCCCCAAAGUCCAAUGCUGAUGCCACUGCACCACCAGCCGGCACACUGUGAAUAUUUUGUACGUUCCAUUAAAUAAUUUGUUUUUUUGCUAUCUAUAAAAUACUGAUUAUUUUUGAUUAGUUGGUAGUACAGCUUAAUUAUGUACAGUAGGUCUAAUUAAAGUGUAAUGAUGGCAUAAUUUUAUGAACCAUUUUUCAAGUUCUUGGAAGAUAUCAGUAUUAAUGUGGCUUAAUGGAAAGUGCUGUUUGGUCAUUUUGUCUUAAUAAGAAAAAAAUUGCAGAACUAAUACACUUGCUUCCUGUUCCCUUGCUAAAACUCUUCUUCAGAUGCAAUGGCUUGAGAUAAGAAGACUGCUGCGUAAAGGAAUUGUUUUCUGUGUUGCUUUUAGAGAGAGACAGCUUUUCAAAUGCAACAUUAAUUGAAAACUGAUAUCAGAUUCCAACAGGCCCACUGGCUGUUGCUUUUUGUGGUCAGGCUUUCUUCCUUGGACAUGCUGUGGUCCUCGCAUGAGCAGUAUUCUUUCAUGGUGGCAACAAAAAAAAAAUCAUCGAAACGAUCGGGAACAUAAGCCUGAAUACAUUUUUAAAAAGAUAUGUGUUAAGAGGGAUUGGUGGUUGGGAUUUUUGUGCUUUAUUGUGCUAUGUGGAGCAUCAAGAUAAGAGGGAGAGCAAAAUAAUAAAUGAUAUUGUACCUUUAGAAUUUCUAGAUUCACAUUGCUUCUUGUGGUCAGCAUAAAGUAUAAACUGUUGUAUUGAAGCCAUUGAUAUUGUGUUUAUUAAUAAGCAAAGGCAGAGGAUAGUAUAUUCAUAAUAAGCUAUUGAUGUGAAUUCUCUACAAGAGCUACAAUUUUGCUAUGGGAAUGUGGGCAGGACAAAAGGUAAUACGGCACAGCACAGUAAAUCACUUCAACCAGACUUCAGGGCAAUCAGAAUGCUUAAGUUUUGGUGGAUUUCUAUCUAGAGAGAGAAAUUUAUAUCAAUAUCUAUAGUUCAAAUUGUCCCAGAUUUCCUGGCUGCAUGGCACUUGCAGCAUGACUUAAUGUCCCCAGAAGUACUCUCUAAUCAAGGGAACGGAUUGGGAAAGAGAAAAACCGUACUGUAUUUUAUGUGAAAAAAACAAGUGACACCAUGUGAAUAAAUUACAGAUUAUUUUGGGAGGAA